CUUUACUCCCUCCAAGGCUCCCUCUAUCAGCAGGUUGCCGCCACCUUCCUCUAGCUAUUUCGUCUGCCAGCUUUUCAAUUAUUCCGCCGCAGCACUUUUCCUGAAGCUCCGCAGCAUAAGCAGGUGGUCUGUCAUGGACGAGCAAAUAAUCACAAGAAUUCUUCUUUGUUUGCCUCCGAAAUCACUUUUCAGAUUCAGGGUUGUAUCGAAAUCAUGGAACCAUUUGAUUUCCGAUCCCUUCUUCGUCGAGAGAUACAAUAGCGGACGGCGCGGCGGACGUUUUUGGUUGCUGGCCUUUUUCCGGCCGCCGACGGAGAAAAAGAAACGAACAAAGAAAAACAAAGAGAAGAGAACAUAUACGCUGAAGAUGAUCCCUCUUGAUAGUCCCGGCAAUAGAAACAUUGAAUACCAGUCUCAAGAACUUGAACCCGAACCCGGCAUGUUUAUAAAUUCCUCUAAUGGUUUGAUCCUUUGGGGCAAUCCUCAGCGUCACAAGUACCACGUUUUGAACCCCUUCACGAAAAGGUUGGUGUCUUUACCACCACUCCCGACAGUACUCUCAGGAUAUGCAGACACAACCAUCGCGCUGAUGUGUGAAGAGAACAAAAGGGAAUUGACAGCCAAGUACAUCGUCGUCCGAACUGAUUAUUAUAAAUUUGGUGGGAUUUUCGGACCCGAAAAACAUGAUGUGCAGAUCAUGACUUACUCUUCGGAGACAGGCGUGUGGGCUGCCGUGCACCCAACUUUGAUCGCGGAUCCGGAAGCCUACCUCCCUGUUGUUUUCAAAGGUACUCCUUUGGUAAUGAAUGGUGUUUUCCAUUGGUAUUACUACCGCUAUGACUUAACACUAGCACUUUAUCGUCCCGGAGGUGAACAAGUCAUUGAGAUCCGUAGGUACGGAGGAAUUGAAAAUAACGGCUUCAAAUCCACAUCUCUGACAAGAUCAUCCAUUGACAAUGGCGACGUCUUGUGGUUCGGCUGCAUAGGCACUGAAAGCAUGAGAGUUUUCAUGCUCCCAAAUGGCAGUGAAGAAUGGACUUUGAUGUAUGAUAUCUGUGGUGGUUCACUCGGGAGCAAAGCCACCUUAAGUACUAAGGGGAUUAUCUUAGAAGGUUUCCUUCCGAUUCCUAACAAGGCUCCUGUUGCUAUAAUUCGAUUUCAAAGGAAGAUAUUUCUCUACAACAUUGACACUAAAAGCUUGCAAUCCGUUCCUGGACGGCUGCUUACCUCCCUGCAGUUGAAAUUGAGUGGACAAGCACCCGGUGAUGCCCCCGAUUUUCCAACUGUAUAUCCUUUAUAUGGGAACCAUACUCCCUUUCCACUUUUGCUCUUUAAUUAGGUAAUUUUUGUUCUAAUCUUAGUGAACACAAAUUGCACCGAAAACGGAAUAGACAUCAAACUCUAUUACUCUCUGUAUUUAAACAUUUAGUUUGGAUAGCUCAUCGAAAGACCAUGUAGAUGAAUUGGUUAUAGUAAUUAAUACUCCGUAAUUAGUUAAGUAAUCUGAUUUGUUUCUUUUCAUUUCAAUUUUCUUGAAUUUUUAUCUAUCUAUGGGUUGAU